AUGCAGGAAGUAACACCACGUUCAUCAACAACAUCGGUGGAUAUAUCUGCAAGAGGAAUAACCGGUCAAGAAGACAAUGAAGGCAGUGCAGUUAAUUUGAAUUAUACAAAUAACGAUUCACACUUGCAUGGCCUCCGAUCUAAUAAUGAACAGAAUAAGCAGUUUGUUCGAGGAAAUAAUAGAACUAUUAAAAUGAUAUUAUUGACUCAAUGUUUAGCUGGUCUACAAUUUACUUGGUCCGUGGAACUGGCAUAUGGAACACCAUAUUUACUCUCUUUGGGCUUAUCAAAGUCAUUAAUGUCUUUAGUAUGGCUUGCGGGGCCUUUAUCGGGUCUUAUAAUGCAACCUAUAGUUGGAUCACUUUCAGAUAAUUCAAAGUCUAGAUUUGGCCGAAGAAGGCCUUUUUUAUUAGUCGGUAGUUUUUUAGUAAUAUGUGCUUUAAUAUGUAUGGGCUGGACUAAAGAAAUCGUUGGUUUACUAUUUGGAUCAGAUUCUUCGACGACAAUUUUAUUAUCAAAGUGGUUGGCUGUUUUUUCGAUGUAUCUACUUGAUUUCGCAAUAAAUUGUGUUCAAGCGAGUUGUCGGGCUAUCAUUGUUGAUAGUCUACCACCAUCUCAGCAAGAAGAAGGCACAGCCUGGGCUGGUAGAAUGGUUGGGAUUGGAAGUGUCGUAGGUUAUUUUCUGGGGUUCGUUAAUUUAGUCGACAUAUUCCCUUUCUUUGGUAAAACUCAAUUACAAGUCCUAUGCGUUCUUGCAUCUAUAAUCUUAAUGGCUUCUGAUGCAUUAACAUGUUGGGCUGUUCAUGAAAAGAUUAACACUGAAAGUACGAGCAGUUCUACAAAUGCUUUAAAUGCAGCUUAUGAGACAUUAUAUUCCAUUAUGAAAGCUGUUCGUAAUCUUCCAAAACCCGUUCAGUUAGUAUGUAACGUUCAAUUUUUUGCUUGGAUUGGUUGGUUUCCGUUUUUAUUUUAUGCAACCACCUGGGUAUCAGAAGUUCAUUCUCGUUCCACCAGUGAUUUAUCCGAGAGUCCUUCUGAUGAUUCGGUUGGAGAGUCAACGCGUGUUGGUUCCUUUUCCUUAUUAUUAUAUUCGCUUGUGAGUUUAUCAGCAUCUUUCAUCUUACCAUUUUUGGUCAGUCCUGUCGGAGCAAGCGCGACUGCUGGGACAAAAUUUUCAUGGAAACAAUUAUUUCAACUUCCUAUUGCAUUUCUCACAGUACCAAAAUUAUGGACAAUUUCCCAUUUCAUUUUUGCAUUCUCGAUGUUAAUAACCUGGUUUGUAACUAGUGAUCUUCAAGCAAGUAUCGUAAUCAGUUUAUGUGGAAUUUCUUGGGCUAUAAUUAUGUGGGCACCAUUUUCAAUCUUGGGAGAAUAUAUUUCAAGAGAAUCUGGAACUGUUGGACAACGUAAUUAUGAAGUUGAGGAAAACGAUCAAUUAAUAAGAAUCUCAAAUGACGAAACGAGAUCAGAGUUACCAUUUAUAGAUUCACAUGGUGGUAUUUCAACUAAUUGUUCGUCAGAAGCGGGUGUAUUAUUAGGAAUUCAUAAUAUGUACAUCGUAUUACCUCAAUUUUUAGUGACAUUUAUUAGUAGUAUAAUAUUUGCAAUAUUAGAACCCAGUGAUGAGGGAAAUUAA